AUGCUCUUCUCCAAACUCAUCGCCAGCUUCGCCCUCCUGGCCUCCCAAGUCCAUGCCUUGCCCAACUCCGCAACUCAAGUCGAGAGCGCGAGCGACAGCGUUUUGGACUCGCGCACUAUUCCCUCCGUUUUGCGCCAACAUGCUGCCAAAGCUAUCAAAGCCUUUUCCGAUCCUCGCCUCACAAUGUUCCACAGUGGCCUUGGAGCCUCACUGGCAGCCAGGAUGGCUAAGGAAAGAAACCUGCAGACAGUGGAAAUGACCAUCGCGACAGCCAUUCAAAAGGAUCCCAACACGUACCGUGACACACUCGCAAAAUACUGCAUCCCAAAGGCAAACUUCUGCGACAUCCGCGGUGAUGAGGCUGAGUGGAUACAAGUCUGGGAUAUUAUUUGCGAGGAAUGGUCCGAACGUCCUUUGGAACGGACUCGUUUGCUUUAUCCAACUGUUCAAAAGCCGUCGGCUACAUCUUUUUACAUGAGAAAAGAGGAGCCCAACUUGAUUCGCCGUCACAUUGAAAUUGAUGUUGAGAAGGUGCAGGUACCGUGA